AUUAAUUCAGUAGAUUCAUUACAUGGUAGAUGUAUAUAAAAAAAUGGAAGGUGGUGUAAAGAAGGUAGCGAAGAAAGAAAAAGAGCCCUUUCAUGUAAUUCACAAGGUUCCUUCAGGUGAUGGUCCUUAUGUGAGGGCUAAGCAUGCUCAGUUGAUACAGAAAGAUCCAGAAACAGCAAUAAUAUUGUUUUGGAAGGCCAUUAAUGCAGGGGAUAGAGUGGACAGUGCCCUCAAGGAUAUGGCUGUGGUUAUGAAACAACUGGAUAGAACUGAAGAGGCAAUUGAAGCCGUCAAGUCCUUUAGGGGCCUUUGCCCAAAACAAGCCCAGGAAUCACUUGACAAUAUUCUAAUUGACUUGUACAAGAAAUGUGGAAAAGUUGAUGAACAAAUAAUGCUGCUGAAGCAUAAGCUUAGAAUGAUAUACUUAGGAGAGGCCUUCAAUGGGAAGCCAACUAAGACCGCGCGCUCUCACGGCAAGAAAUUUCAAGUUUCAGUCAAGCAGGAAAUUGCCAGAAUACUGGGAAAUCUAGCCUGGGCUUACAUGCAAAAGGGCAAUUACAUUGCAUCAGAAGUUGUAUAUCGUAAAGCACAAAUGAUCGAUCCAGACACGAACAAGGCCUGCAACCUGUGCCAUUGCUUAAUGAAACAAGGUCGAUACGAAGAAGCUCAUGCAGUUCUUCAAGAAGUAUGGCAGUAUAAACUUCCAGGUUUUGAUGAUUUGAAGUCGAGAAAUCGUGUUGAGGAAUUGUUGUUAGAGCUGCAGGAAUCUGGGAUGCCUUUGCCUUCAUUAAUGCCAAAUCUUCCUGAAGAUCUAACUUUUGACGAUGAUGAUUUUGUUGAAGUGCUUGAACGUGUGAUGAAUGAAUGGGCUCCUGCAAGAUCAAGAAGGCUUCCAAUUUUUGAACAGAUUUCUCAGCUUAGAGAUCAGAUGGCUCGUUGAUCCUUUGUCUUUCUCAUUUUAUCAGUUAGAAUUUGUAAAAGUAUUUUUACAAAAAGAAAAUAGAGAAUAAGUAUGUGGAGUAAUGGUUUUAGGGUCUGUAAAUUGAUGUACAUGAAGUUGGGACUUGGAUUUGACGAAAGAAAUCAUGUUUUCCUUCUUGGGACUUCAAA